UUGUACACACAUACGCACUUAGCUGGGGCUAUAUGCGUUACUUCAGUCUUGUGCCAGCAGCUCUCCGUGCGCGAGGCUCUCGAUAAACCAAUCGCCGUCGAAUGCCGAGAAAAAAUUCGACAUCAGCUGCGCCAGUUGGGCGAGCAUCAGGGACGUACCGCUGCCAAGACUGAGCGAAUUCAUAGGUAAAUGAAUUUUUGCAUCGAUGUUAGAAUUUGCUCGAAUUGACUGAUCGUGGGCCUCUCGAAUAAUGAUUGGUAUCGUUACACGGAGAGACAUAUUUUUUUUCGCUGAUUCUCGAGAAAACGACGAACCUGAAUAAACAUUGUGACCGUCACACGUGGGGAUACGAGCGGCACAACGAUCUUCCUUUCACUCUCGUUUUUGUAAUAUAUUCCGAGUAUAUUGACUCGAGAGACGCUAAUUCGCGCACAAUGGAAUAAUCGACGCUCGCUAAUUCAGUCGCAUCCUUUACAAUUUUUAUACCACACAUCGCAUUGAAGAUGUUGAUGCUAAUUGCACUGUGGCUGGUGAUCGGGCUCGUAUUGUUCUGGGCUCUGAUCGAUCCGGUGAGUAGAGUGGCCAAUGCGGCGCUGCAAAUAUUGCUGCCAAUAUUCAAUUCGAAACAGAUCGAUUUGAGAAGCGAGUACGGAGAAUGGGCGGUGGUAACGGGUUCUACGGAUGGAAUUGGAAAAGCUUACGCUCAAGAAUUGUCAGCAAGAGGAAUGAAUUUAGUAUUAAUUAGCAGAACGCUUGAGAGAUUAGAGAAAACAAAGAAUCAAAUUCAAGAAGCAAAUCCUGAUAUAAAAGUACGUAUAAUCUCUGCAGAUUUCACCAAAGGCGCAGAUGCUUUUUUGAAAAUAAAGCAGGAGUUGCAAGACAUUCCAGUUGGAAUAUUAGUCAACAACGUUGGAAUGCAGUAUUCGUAUCCGAUGUAUCUCGGCGAGGUACCGGAGGACGAGCUGUGGGGCAUCAUCAACGUCAACGUGGGGGCCACGACGAUGAUGACGAGACUCCUGAUCGACGAUAUGAAAAAACGCGGCAAAGGCGCAAUCGUAAACAUUUCGUCAGGCUCGGAACUGCAACCGCUGCCGCUAAUGACCGUGUACGCCGCCACGAAGGCCUACGUCCGCAGCUUUUCCGAGGCGCUUCGAGCCGAAUACGCCAAGUACGGUCUCACCAUUCAGCAUCUCACCCCGCUGUUCGUCAAUACGAAAAUGAACGCAUUUAGUCAGAGAUUGCAAGUCUCCAGCUUGUUUGUCCCUGAUGCAUCUACGUAUGCCAGAAAUGCUAUUGCGACAUUGGGAAAAGUCAACACCAGUACGGGAUAUUGGGCUCAUGGGAUACAAAACUUUUUCACUCUCAUACCCCCUGUCUGGAUCAGAAUGAAAAUUGGACAGACUAUGAAUCAAGUAUUGAGAGACGAUUAUUUCAAACAAAAAAGUGAUAAGAAUCUUUGAAUAUCGUGACAUGAAUGUAUUAUGUAAUUUUUUCUACCAGUUACCGAGUGAUAAAAUAUAGUUACAAUUAU